CCGCUGCAAUUUGCCGGGCUUGCGAGGCUCGUGGUUCUAGCUUCUCCACUAGACCGCCGAGCGGUAUCCACCGUCGCUCAGGUCCCGAGGCCCGCGGUGCCACAGGCUCGGCGACAUGUCGAUGCUGGCUGAGCGUCGGCGGAAGCAGAAGUGGGCUGUGGAUCCAAGAAACACUGCGUGGAGUAAUGAUGACUCCAAGUUUGGCCAGAGGAUGCUAGAGAAGAUGGGGUGGUCUAAAGGAAAGGGUUUAGGGGCUCAGGAGCAAGGAGCCACAGAUCAUAUUAAAGUUCAAGUUAAAAAUAACCACCUGGGACUAGGAGCUACGAUCAGUAAUGAAGACAACUGGAUUGCUCAUCAGGAUGAUUUUAACCAGCUUCUGGCUGAACUGAACACUUGCCAUGGGCAGGAAAAAGCAGACUCCUCAGACAACAAGGAAAAGAAAUCCUUCAGCCUUGAAGAGAAAUCCAAAAUCUCCAAAAACCGUGUUCAUUAUAUGAGAUUCACAAAAGGGAAGGAUCUCUCAUCUCGGAGCCAAACAGAUCUUGACUGCAUUUUUGGGAAAAGACAGAAUAAGAAGACUCCCGAGGGCCAGCCCAGUCCCGACGCUGCAGAGGGGGCUGGCGUCUCCCCCAUGACCACCAGUGCCUUCACCAUCCGCGAGUACUUUGCCAGGCGCAUGGCGGAGCGCAAGAGUAAGGCGCGGGGCACGACCGCGGGGCCAGAGGCGUCAGAGACCCCAGUGGAAAGAAAAGCAGGGAAGAAAGGAAAGAAGGAGGUGAAAGAUGAAAGUGUGGAGAAUUGCACCCACCCCAAGGCCAAGAAGAAGGGAGACCAAGUUGAGUGGCAGCUGGGAGACCCCCGUGGGGACGAGAAUCCUGGUGCUGCUUCUGAGGGUGGAGAGGGUUGCGUGGCCCCACUCGAUGACCAGGACUCUCCCUCGAAGCCCAGAAACAGGAAAGAAAAGAAAGGGGGACAGAAGCAAGCUGAGACAGCAGAGGAUGGUACGCUAGACGAAACACCAGUGAAAAAGAAGAGGAGAAAGAAGAAAGGUUCCAAAUAA